AUGGGAAAAGUAUCCAACCGAGUCGACAUGUUCCUGAAAGCCGUGACCCGCCUCCCACUCGUGGUGCGCGUCGCCAUCUUGCACCUGCUGCACCUGUCCCAGCAGUCAAAGUACCUCGACCUGCGGACCGAGCUCAGCAUCGCCGUCAUACGCUCCUUUGUUCAGGACCCCAAGCCCAGGAGCAUCUCGUCCACCCAGAAGCUGCUAAACAGGGACCCGGGCGUCAAGGGCCGCAUCUGGGUCGCGAGGUACACGUCACCUGCGCCGCCAGAGGUCGACGUGCGCGAUGCACUCCUCGCAGCCGUAGAAGGCCUCAUGGAUGAGUGUCUGUCUGCGGUGGCCGCGACAGGGCCGGCGGGAGAAGCACAGCAAGGCACUGGUAAGCCCGUCUGCAGAAUUCCAGACCUGGUAGCCGUCGAGGCCGAGUGGACGGGUUACCGGGCGGCGGCGACGUCCGACUCCAAGCUGCCACCGCAGCUGUCGGAGCGCCAGAGGUACGACGAGAUGAUGAAGGAGUGCAGGUCCCCGGUGACCGUCUUGUACUUCCACGGCGGUGCCCACUACCUUAUGGACCCGGCGACGCACCGAAACGUGACCAAGAAGCUGGCAAAGCUCACGGGCGGCCGCUGCUACUCGGUGCGGUACAGGCUUGCGCCGCAGAACCCGUUCCCGGCCGCGGUGCUGGAUGCGCUGGUGUCGUACCUCACCCUGCUGUACCCGCCGCCGGGAGCUUUCCACGAAGCCGUGAAGCCUGAGCAUAUCGUCUUUGCAGGAGAUAGCGCUGGAGGUAAUCUCUGCCUCGCACUUCUCCAAACGAUCCUCGAACUAAACCGACAGAAGCGCGAAAUAACCUGGCACGGCUCGACGGUCACCGUGCCGAUCCCUGCCGGCUGCGCCGUCAACUCCCCGUGGAUGGACAUGACGCUAUCCUCGCCGUCGUGGACCAAAAACAGCAAAUGGGACUACCUCCCGUCCGACGAAGGGCUGGACGACCGGCGACCAGCAUGCGCGGCGUGGCCGGCGACGCCGCCGCGACGCAGCAUAUACGUCGACGACGCCAUGAUACUGCACCCGCUGGCAUCGCCGCUGGCGGCGUCCAACUGGGCAGGCUCCCCGCCCGUCUACGUCUGCACGGGCUGGGAGCUGCUGGCCGACGAGGACAGGCUGCUGGCGGCGAGGCUGGAGCAGGCGGGCGUGCCGGUCGUGUUUGAGGAGUACGAGGCCAUGCCGCACUGCUUCGCGCUCGUCUUCAACCACCUCGAGGCUUCGAGGAGGUGCUUUGACGCCUGGGCCGGGUUUAUUCGGAAGGUGGUGGUGGUGGACGGCGGCGGUGCCGAGGGGGAGAGUAGCGCAGAGGGGAAAGGGAGUUUGGUAGAGUCGAGCUUCGUCACGGUCAAGGCCAAGACGCUCGAAGAGGUGCCGAUCCCAGCUGGAGAGUUGAGGAAGUGGUCCGAGGAGGAGGUCAGGGAGAGGUUGAUCAGGCGGUGUCAGCAGAUCCUGCCGGCGAGGAAGGGGGAUGAUGCUGGAGAUUUGGCCACGCCGAAGCUUUGA